UUUUUCUAAAGGAUGAAGCAUGUGAAGAUCUUACAUUUGCCACUGCUCUUUGCUUUUUGGCACGUUUGCUUGGCUCAAGCAGACUUCGCCCCGUAUUUCUUCGACAAUGGACCGUACAGCAAUAACGGCAACAUGGCUUUGUUCAGCCUCUCAGAGGACACGCCUGUUGGUACACAAAUUUACUGCCUUAACGGCACAGACCCCGAGGGGCAGGAGGUGAGCUACGGCCUGUCUUUCGAUCCAGGUUCCAAAGAGUACUUCAGAGUCAAUCCUAAAACGGGAAAUAUUACUUUAGUGCAAAGGCUGGAUCGAGAGAAACAAGAUUCAUUUGAUGUCAUGGUCAGCAUCACAGAUGGGAAAAGCAAGGUGGUGGAAAGAGUGACAAUAUUUGUGAUGGAUGCAAACGAUGAAAAGCCUGAAUUCCAAAACAUGCCUGCCAUCAUUGAUGUCCUUGAAACGACUGAGUCAGGACACAGCAUCUUCAAAGCUCAAGCGGUGGACAAAGACACAGGUUCAGGGGGAUCCGUCAACUACUACCUUCUGAAUGUGCAGUCCAGUUUGUUUAGCAUUGAUAGAGAUGGAGUCAUUCGCAUCAAGCCUGAGGAAACGCUGGACUACGAGAAAACAAAAACGCAUUUUCUCGUGGUCAUUGCAAAGGACGGUGGAGGCACUUUCAACGGCAAAGAGCAGUUUUUGUCCUCCUCAGCUACGUUAACGAUUAACGUGAUAGAUGCACAGGAUACACCACCAUCUUUUAUCGGAACGCCGUACUUUGGAUACGUUUAUGAAGUGUCACUGCCGGGGUCUGAAAUUUUCACCGUCGUGGCCAAAGAUGGCGAUGCGGGGAACCCAAAUCCAAUUCGUUAUUCUUUUGUAGAAGGUGAUGAUGGAGUUUUUAGUAUCAAUGAAACCACGGGUCGUAUCACCCUGCUGACAAGUCCCGUGUUUCUAAAGCGAGAAAUCUUUAACAUAAAAGUCAAAGCAUCGGAAAUAAGUCCCAGAAACCGUCUCCUGGACUACAGCGAGACCACGAUGGUGAUCCGCGUGGUUGACCUGAACAACAACCCGCCGACUUUCUACGGCGAAAACGGCACCCAGAGCACUUUUGAGCUGACCAUGUAUGAGCAUCCCCCAGAAGGGGAAAUACUGCGGGGUCUUAAAAUCACAGUCAACGACUCUGAUCAGGGCGCUAAUGCAAAAUUCAACUUGAGGCUCAUUGGUCCUGGAAGAAUGCUACGUGUGGUCCCACAGACGGUACUGAACGAGGCCCAAGUCACAAUUCUAGUGGAGGACUCGGCAGGCAUGGAUUAUGAGAAGCAUCACUUCCUCACGUAUAAGCUACUUGCUGUCGAGAUCGAUACACCCGAGAGGUUCAGCUCCACGGCCGACAUCAUCAUCCAUCUGAUGGACACCAAUGACAAUGCGCCUAAAUUCUCCUCGGACUACUACAUCGCCAGGAUUCCAGAGAAUUCACCCGGCGGCUCUAAUGUCGUGUCCGUCCUGGCCAUAGACCCUGACUCAGGACCAUGGGGUGAUGUGAAGUACUCUAUCUAUGGAUCUGGGGCUGACUUGUUCUUGGUCCAGCCUUCCAGUGGGAUCAUCUACACGCAGCCCUGGGCCAAUCUGGAUGCAGAAGUGCGCUCCAAGUACAACUUUUACGUCAAGGCAGAGGACUCUGAGGGCAAGUACAGCCUGGCUGAGGUGUUUGUCACCGUACUGGACCUGAACGACCACCCGCCUGCUUUCAAUGACAACUUCCUGGAAAAGACAAUGGUGAUCGGAGCACCAGUUAAAAUAGAGGCCAUAGAUGACGACGCAGAGAUUCCCAACAACGUAAUCGAGUACGCCAUCAUGAAAGCUGAACCAGACAACAACAUCUUCGACAUUGACUCCGACACCGGCGAGAUCAACCUCAAGUCGUACAUCAAGUCCAUGGCAAUCAUCCAGAACAUCACCAAGCAGAGAGACUUAACCUGGUCGUUGGUGGUGCAGGCCCGGGACAUGGGCCAACCAUCUUUCAGCACCACCGCCGUGGUCAAGAUCGACAUCACAGAAGCAAACAAACUCAAAGGUGGCACUUUGGAAUCGUUUUUAAUGCACGAUAAAAACAAGCCCGUUCAAAUCGUAGGCGUGCUCGCGGGCGUCAUUAGCUUAAUGGUCAUGCUCACCGUCGUCAUCUCCACCGUCACCUUCGUACGCAACAAAAAGUCCAACCGGGUCGUGCCCAACCGCCGCGUGAGGAGACGGCCCCGCAACCAGCACGCGUGGACCUUUAAGAACCUCUUCAGGAAAGCCGAGAACCCAGAAGAGAAGUUCCAGGUCGAGGACGACGAGCCGGAUUUGGUGGAAAACGUCAACCGGAACAACAACGUGGACAAUGCGGUCAGGCAUUGCCCCCCGCCGCCGCCGCCGCCUCGAGCCCCUUCACUUCCACCGCCGCCGCCGCCCUACGUACCCGGGGAGAGGAAGUGGGUGGUGCCCACCGUCUCGGCCAUUGUGGCGGCACGGCCAAAGAAAAAGUCACCGGCGCAAGACACGGUCAAUAAAGCACUGGUGUCAGAACUCAAAAUGAGAUUAGAGCAGAAGAGGAUGCUCAAUCACUUAUAGUGUUGCUAUGUGUUUACAUCUGUGUGAAUAUUGUGCAAAAGUCUUGGGACACUUGUGUAAAAGUCUCUUGUCAAGGAUUGAAGGCACUUUGAGACUGUCUAUUUGGUUUCCAAGCGACACAAUCUCCUUAUGGGGAGAUUUCACGGACACUGGCGCUAGCUAAAGGGAUCAGCCUGAGCUGGUCCAAAGGAAGGAAACCGCAGUGAUCCGGUUAAGACCACUUUUAAUCCCAACUGCUCACAGGUACACAACAGUCAUAUAAACAAUAUGUCACAAUAUUGGAUGUGUUUAGUUUUUUUGGGGGGCCAAUGCUGUCACACAUUUGUUAUUCUGAUGCUUAUUAUUCCCCCUUGUGAGGUUAAGCGGUUUGGAGGAUGAAUUUAAAAUGACUGUUCAGUAUCCUUGAAUACAAAUGUGCAGGUAUUUGAUAACACAUUGUUUCCACUUUCCAAUGAGUCCUUGGUGGCAAAAUGGUAAACGCAAGGGAUUUGUGCUUGGUUGCU